GUCUCGCAUUAUGUCUAACGUGGGUGGGAAUUUUCCCGCUGCCGUUAGAAACAAAUGUUGCAGGCCGAUUCUUCGCGGCGCAUCGGAGCGCCUUCGUUCACGGCGCCCUCUCACGAUUACCCUAAUUACUUCUUCCUCUUUCUUUUUAUACAGCUUUUGUCAAAUAAAAUUCGUCGUCGCUCCCAUAUCUUCGCAUUGCGUUCCCGUCGAUAGAACAUUACCAUUUAAAUCUGCGCUCGUAUAUCCAACGUUAUACGAUAAUAGAGCCACUAGAUUCGCGUUACUGUAAAGCGGGUAGAGCGUGCACACCGCUUUUGCUGCGCGUGGAAGGGGAUUCGGUACAGUGCAGAUCGGACGCGCCAACGUUCUCCGCGCGGAACAAGGUGAAAACGUUUGGGGACGCGUUUAUAGAAAACGGUGAUGGAUACACGGAUAUCUAAUUGAUAGCGUCGCGAGAAAGUCGCGGAGGAAAUCGAACGGGAGUCGCGCGGAGGGAACCGUUCCGUUCGACUGGGCGGUCUCUUUUUCGGUGCGGAGACAUUAUAUUGCGAAGACUCCGCGAGAGGAGGCGACGCGAUCCCCUGGCUCAAUGACUCUUCGAAGUUAAUUACGUUCCCGGACGAAGGAGGUUUUGUGGAACGGCGUUAAACCGGCCUAGGAGGACGCGAGUCGAGGCGAGGCGAGGCGAGACGAUGCGAUUCGAGGCGGGCGUUCCUUUUCCGGCCGCCUCGUUUCUGCACCCUUUCCUUCGCCGGUCUCUGUUCGUUCGGCCGUCUCGCUAGAAGGAAUUUCUAAAAAUCAAUAUAGGCGCGAAGCGGGAGCAGGAGGGGCCGCAAAAAAAUUCGAUAUCCCGUUCACCUCCCGUCUCCUUCUUUUUUCACCUUUUCCCGCCGUCUCUGCGUUUUCCCCAUUCUCUUUUUUCGCCCGUUUCUCUUUUCUUUUUCCCUUCGGCAAACGCGAAUCGCGCAGGCGAUAGGCUCCUCUCUCGUGUCGUCCCCUUACGGUCCUCCACCGGGGGAAGCGCGCGCGUCUGCUGCCGGCUACGCGAAUCAACUCGAUCUUCGAGGAAGAGAAUUCGUGGAGGAAGUAAGUGGCUCUAGCCUGCUCCACGGGCGACCAAGAAGCGCGGGAGAGUUUAUUUUCUCAGAACGGCGUACCUCCACCUCGGUACAGUCUCCGGCAAGGCCGAAUAAUUUUCACGUCGCGCGCAACCGAAACCGUAAGCCUUUGCACGACGCUGACAUUGCACCGUGUACACCGGGAACCAGACGAUCGGGAAUCUCGAUUCCCGAUUCGGGACCGGAUUGCGACACGUACGCGUCGAAGCCGCGCUCGUUCAACCACGCGUCUAUCCCACCGGGCCAGAAACGACUUCCUCUCUCCCUCUCUCUCUCCCUUCUCAACGUCUCGUCUUCACCGAAUCCUCGCUCCUAUGGCUACUCGGCUCCGCGAAGCGAUAAAAGAGAGCCCGUCCGCGAGUCGGCAGAAAUUCACACGGCCUAGAAAACGCGUCUCGCCGCUUUUGGGCGACGCCUCGCGAUGCUCCAGGUGAAAGACCUGCUGCAACACCACCUCCUCGGGGAUCGGUCGAUCUUGUUCGCGUUCGCGGGCAAACGAAGCGCGGCUGCGAGCCUCGGACCGAAUUAGUUCGUAUCCCCUAUCGCGAUCGUUCCCGUGGAAAAUAUCGGCGGGAAGGUUAAGGAGGGAACGGAAAAAGUCGAUGGACGGCGAGCGCGCGUCGCGGUGCUCGGGAACGGUCGUCGGGGGGGUGUGUGCGGGCGCGCCGGGGCAGAGGAACCACGGGUGAGGCCCCUGUAAUCAAACGAGAUUGAAGGAAGAUCAUUAAUUUCAUCCGGCAACGUUUACUUUGCAAAGUGCCAGACGAAGCCAUUGAUUGUCUUUCGGAAGUUUCCGCGGCCCGCGGAAUGAAAUGGGGUUACACGGCUCGGCCGUAGAAUUGUUAUCGGUCCUGGAACUUCCAGACGGAUGGUUUUCGCUGGCCGUCUCCGCCCCCUAGCCAAGAAGGGGGUCGAUCGAAUCAAAACAAAAUCAGGGAGCGUCGUCUCGCCGACGGCCGGAAAACGGAAAUGGCGCGGACACUACGAGCGACGGAUCAGCUAUUCAACAGACACACGCAGGCGUUUCGCUCGGGACAUUUAUCGUGGUGGGGAUUUUGCUGGAAAUUCGUGCAUUAGGGAGUCGUUUACCCUAGGCACAAGUACUCGCCCUGAAUCCUGUGAGUAAUUGUCUGAGGGUUCGCCGGAGUGCGCAGAAGCUUGUGAAGCAUUGUGCGUGGCGUCGAGCAUCCGCUAAGAUUGGCUGGUCCCAUGUAAUGUAUCGCAGCCAAUGGUUAGAAAACGGAACACCGACACCGUGGUUCGAGCGCCGGGCGCCUUCCAGAAUCGAUUGUGUGUCGCAGGGCCGAACGAUCCCUGUCGACGGACGCACCGGACGCGCGUGCCUCCGAUGCCGUUAUCGAUUAGGAAAUCGAUCCCCUGCUCGACACAAUCAACGGCGAGCAGGUUCGAUCGUCGAACAAUGUCGACAGCCGGAACCGAACCCGCGCUCGAAGACCAAACCGCUCCGCGAACGGCGAAGCCGUUUGGACCGAAACGACACGGGCUCGGGCUCCUCGUCGAGCAUUUCUCGGGACGAUUUACAGUUUGAACGAGUUUGCUUGCUUGGCCGACGGUGCGCUGGGGAGAAGACAGUGCGCUUUGCGGAAACCAGGAGCAGCAGAACAGACAGACGAGAAAAUUGAAGGACGUUACCUGCUUUCUGCACUCGCCGGAUCUCUGCCCUCGGGUCGAUCGGCUUUCCGUCCGGACCGGAAACGGUCGGAAGUCGUUGGUACCGUGGCGAACGUUCAGCCAAUCCCGCGCCCUCUCCGUCGGCGGCCGAUGGCUCGGGAUUGGCUGGUCCGUGUCACAAGGUCGAGGACAUUUCUCUGGCCCUUUCUACGAGUUCGCGGAUCGCGGGAGUACGUCCUGGGGCAUGGUGCAACGAUCUUCUCCGUGUUGGAACAACGGUUCCGUCGUUCGCCGCGCCGGCGAAACGAGGGAAACAACGAGUUCCGACGAGGAGAGACGGACGGAUCGGUCUCGUCGGUCGAGCGAAAACGUGCUUUUCAAAACGUUCCGGUCCGAUUGGAUUGAAGGGCGAUCCGUCGGCGGCACGCAUUCGUAUGCACGGCGGGAUUACAAAAUUGGACUUCCGAUCGAGGCGCUUUAUGCACGACAUUAAACGCAUACGCUUCUAAUACGGCGCGCUGAUUGAGACUGAUUGCCGGCCGUAAUAAGCUCGGAAUUUACGCGAAAGAAUAAUUUCCGCGCGUGUGAACGCGAAGCCACGAGGGAUCUGGUUUCGAAUCUGCGAUAACAGAGGGAAAAAAUUAGACGUUAGAAUCGAGCAGACGAGAGAUCGCGGCGCUGAUAUUACGCUCAAGAGGAUAUUCCAGCCUAGAACCUCCCGAGAAUCGAUUUCCUCGAGUAUUUCCUCUUCGAGGAAUAAAACCCCGUCCUCGAAAUUCUCUAUCGCGAGCUCGGGCUUUGCUCGAUAUUUCCGUGUAAAAAUUCACGAGCACGGCCAACGCGUAAACGAAAGUGUGCACGGAAGUCCGACGACGAAAGCUCCCGUAGUUUCCCGUCGAAAAAUUCCCAAAGCCAGCUCUAGGCUAGAGUUCUCCCGAAGGGCGUAGCCUCGCGCGACGGGGUUGAAAAUUAGGCCACGCACGGGGCCAUUCGAAGGACUAUAAGAUACCGAUUCCGUUGAAAUUUCUCGGGGCACCGUCGACUGCCGUGAGAAAAUUCGUCGACGUCGAUUUCGUAGUUAGAACCGUCACUGCGAAGCGGCCAUCCGUUUCGCGGACCACGCCUUCGUAAAUUCUCCUCGUGCGAAAUUCUCCGGGGGUACGAAGAUAGCACUUUCGAGGGAUCGAUUCGUCGGAUCCAUUGCGCGAGGUUCCGCUUAGAAUCGCGAGCAUAAACGAGGCGAGUGGCCGUGCCAGCAGCGGCGGCCCGACACGCACAGAAACGGGAGAAAAAUAAAAGACGAAGAGGGAAGAGUGUAUAGUGCGCGCGUGUGCGUGUUGUGCCUGUGCACCGGUGUCGUGCGAGAGCGUAACGCAAACGCAAACGCAAACGCAAAACCCAGGAAGAUAGGUAGCCUUGUCUCGGCGCGUUCAACGUUCGCAAAGGAAAAGGGCAAAGUACAGUUGCCGCGCGGUUGUUCCGUAGAUCCGCGGCUGCGACUCUCUCCCUCUGUCUCUAAUCUCUAUCUCUCUCCCUCUUUCUCCUUAUUUCCGUCGCCGAGCCAGUCUGAUUAUUCCGAGGAGAGACGAAAUUCCCGAGUUCCAACUGUUGCACGCGGAUUCAGACGCGCAAACGCAGUUUCGGGGGCGUGGCGAGGCAACGAAGGGCCCGGAAGCGACCGAUAACAUGCUGUUCUCCAUUUUCUCUCCCUUUUCCCCUUCGAUUUGCCGCCUACCUCCUGAUAGGCAGUUCGCUGGAAUCCAGAGCCGUGGAUCGUGUCACGAGAAAGAACAGCCGAUGACCGUGACAAAGGGGUUGAACAGGCGCAGGCACGGGUCCUCUCGUUCACGGCGCCCUGGCCACCGCCGCGCGAGACUCAUCUGGAAUCCGAGAUACAGAAGUCCUCUUUAUCACGAUUGCCGCCGCGAGAGCGCGAACCAGAGUUUCUUACUUUCCAUUAAUCACCACCCGGCGCCGGUUCACGAAACGUCGAACGCGACGCGCACCACCAAAGUACCACGCGAUCUUCCCAUGAUCCCCGGGGGAUGAUGAUGAACGGUUGCGAGAGAAGACACCUGCGAUCCAGGAAAGUCAGAAAAUUAUAGAAACUCUGGAUGUCGAAAGCACGCAUAGCAAUUCAAAUUGGGCAGCGGACGAAUUUGUUGCGUGAUACGUACCGGUAACUCGUGAUCUAAGCGUCCCGAAAAUUUCAUAAUUUUCUGAGAGAUACCGGAUCGGGGAUCUUCCCUUGGCAGUGCCGCGGAUCGUUAUCGGGGAGCAGAGAUUGUGCACGGGGUUCACACGAUCAAUCCGGCCAUUGCGAGCCGUGUACACUUGCCGUGAGGAACGUACGAGAGAGAGAGAUAAAAUACUUAACGAUGCGACGAGGACGAGGAUUUUCCGAACGGUUUCCCGAGCCUUCCGAGUCCGGUGAACGAUAAGAGCGUGCGUCCUUCCGGGUGCGAAGCUCGAGUCGCGGGGCAACUCCGGAAUUGUGCAGCAAAGUGGUCAAACGGCGAAGCACUUCUGCGCUAUGCGCCGCUAAAGAAAAAGUAGCAAAAAAAGAACGGCCAGACGGGAUUUCCGAGAACCGAUCGUUACCCGACCGCCGUAAAUCACCGUGAAUCCUCCGCGGAUUCGACUUGCAUUUUUCCUGAACCGUCCGAUUAGUCUGACACACAGAAUUUCGAUAUGGACGUGUCCGCGUUUUCCGAGGAUACCUUCGACGUUAAAGAUUGGAUCAAUAAAACGUUCAAAACCGCCGAAGCACAAGAGAACAAAGACGCAUUUGUUUCAUCCUUGGUAAUGAAGUUGCAAUUAUAUGUGCAACAAGUUAAUGGUGCCCUGGAGGAAACCAGUCAGAGCGUUCUUUCAAGUUUACCAAGGGUUCUAAGGGACACUCAACUCUUGCAACUGGAAGCUUUGGCUUUGAGGGAAAAGAUGGUUGCUGUUAAGCAAGAAAUUGAAAAGGCUGAGAAAGAUACUGCAUCCUCGAUGGCAACUUUAGAGAGAAUCGACAAGAUAAAAACAGAUUUGCAAAAUGCUAAGCAGGGUUUGCACGAGGCUGACAAUUGGAGUGUUUUAGCAAAUGAUGUUGAGGAGGUAUUUGAAUCGGGGGAUGUGGAGGCUAUUGCAAAUAAAUUAUUUAGCAUGCAAAAAUCUCUGGCAAUGCUUGUGAAUGUUGUUGACUAUGAGGAUAAAAAGUUGCAGUUAGAAGGUCUGAAAAAUCGAUUAGAAGCAAUGGCUAGUCCCAGAUUAGUUCAAGCAUUCACUGCUGCUAAUUUAGAGCAAGCCAAAGUUUACGUGGACAUUUUUAAUAAAAUGGAACGUUUGCCACAACUUCUGAAAUAUUAUCACAACUGCCUAAAAGUGUCCUUGGGUCAGGAGUGGCGCAGAACUAUCGAGCUAGCUCAGGAUGAGAAUGUUACGUACUGGUUGCACGCUUAUUAUGAUAAGCUAUUGUCAAGUUGGCACGAUCAGGUGAAAUGGUGUCAUCAAGUAUUUCCGAAUACCUCGAUCAACAUCCUAAUCGAGGUAUACGCCGAUCUAUUGAAAAGUUUAGAUCCUGGCAUUCCAGAGUGCAUAGAGGCAGUUUUGAAGCAACAUUCGCACGCGAUGCAACUGUCUCUGUUGCUUGAACUGAAACAGAUUACAAGGCAUUUCGCAGUGAAUCUGCAUGGUGCGAUUGACACAUCGUCGCAGGUGAAGCUGCCGAAUCAAAAAUUGCUGUCCUUGGCCCAAGCGAUCUAUGCACCUUACAUUCCGUACGUCGUGAGGUACAAUGUCUACGAAACUGCACAACUCGACCAUCAAUUGAGAUCAAUGGAAUUCACGCAAGACGAUUUAAGCGAAACAAUCAACGCACUUUCGUUGAGCAUUUCGAGAAUAAUGGAAUACGCGAACGAGGCGAACAAAAGAUGCAAAUUAUUUACAGACGGUUGCGGUUAUCCCGGACUAUUGAAAUCCCUAACCAGCUACUUUAACAAAUAUCUUGAAAAAUAUCAAGCAGUUGUAUGGCAAUUAGAACGGAAGAAAGUGAAACACGAGGACUGGAAUUUAUUCCAGAUGUGUCUCACUUUGAUGCAAAGCAUAGGUGAUCUCUUGGGGCACGUCCAACAAUUCGAAAAGUCUUUGGUAAUCGACAUAACCGAAGCCAAUAACAAACUGCAGAGUACAGCAGUCAGCGUGUUUUCGCAAUAUAAAAAGUUGCUUCUGAACGUGUCGAGCCAGACCGAAUUAGAAAAACUGGUCGCAUCUUUCCAGAGAGAAGAGACAACUAUUCUCGAUUCCAUCGUAAGGUCUAUACACAAACUCUGCUCGGAUCUGCAUCGAGCGACGUACGAGGUGAUAUUCGCCCCCAUAUUCACCCAAUUGUUGUUAGUGCAGAAGGCACCCGCUUGGUCGACCGACGCAAACAAAUUGACACAGUUGAGCGCGGAUUUGCCCGAUUAUAGUUUUUCACCUCAGGAAUAUAUAACGCAAGUUGGACAAUAUUUGAUGACAUUGCCGCAGCACUUGGAACCGUUUCUGCUCGGAGAAAACCAGAGCUUAACGCAAGCGUUGAAGGCUGCGGAUCCACACUAUGCGCAAGGCUCGGCUGAAACUGGUUUCACUGGCAUAUUGUUGGAUAUUAUUGCUAAAAGAACGUGUCAAAUGUUUCUGGAUCAAACCCUGGGACUUUGCCAAUUGAGCUCUGCCGCGUGCAAGCAACUGGCCACCGACAUAGAUUACCUUGGUAAUGUAUUGGAGGAACUCGGUCUGUCUUUGUCAGAGAAUUUGCAACACAUGUCUCAAUUGCUGAGACUGUCGCCAGAAGAUUGGCAGAAUGGCACUUCCGGUUGCAAUGCCAGAGUGGUCGCAGCCGUUAGGCAAAUGAGGAAUAUCACAUCGUCCGGUUAAUCGAUGCGCAAGGAUAUGGAGAAUCAGAUUGAUUUGUACAAACGUGUAACAGAUACUGCGGGUAACUAUAACUUCGUAAUUUGUUUAAAUCUUUUAUAUGAAAUAACGAUACAUAAAGGAGAAUCGGUAACUUCUGUAAAGAAUUAUACAAUGAUAUAGAGAAAAUAUAUAUUUAUAUAAAUUUAGAAAUAA